AUGUCAGAUACUCCAGAUAUUACACAAACAGAAUUACCUGAUAGUAGGUUCAAGUUACCUACCCCUUUCUCCAACAUGUAUAAUGCUACAGCCUACCCAGCUUGGACUCCAAUUGAUACCAGAUCAGAAACUUCCAAAGUAUUUAGAUUCUCAUUUUACAGUACUAUUGGUGCUUAUACAUGGUUAUAUUUUUGGAAAAGAACUACAUUCAAAUUAGAAUUACCUUUAACUUUCAUCGGUUUCACCACUGUUGCUGUUGCCACCAAGAGUAUGGUUGCUAACUUAAGAGAAAAGAAUGAUGGAUGGAAUUUAUUUUGGGGUGUUGGUUUAGGUAAUUUAGCUGUUUUAACAGCUGGUUUCAAGCAUAUGCCUUUAAGACAUAAAUUCAUGACUGGUAUUUCAGGUGCUGCUGUUUCUGGUCUUUUAAAUCAAUGGUUAUGGGCUCAAAGCACUUCAUCAGCAGGUAGAGAUGUUAGACAUUUCAGUAAAAAUGAUGAAGUUCCAAAACAAGGAUUUUGGGAUGUUGUUCAAAGGAAACCUUUGAGUCAAGUUGUCGAAGAAGUUGGUGUUGGUCGUGGUAUUCUUAAACCAUAG